AUGAAGCAACAGGUUGCCGAAUUGUCGACAACGCUAUCCGGCGACGUCAAGACGACAGGAGCGCUUCUUUUUAAGCCAGAGCCGCAACUUGAUACAUCUGUUCAUAUAAAUGAUGUAAAUAAUAAAAGCAAGAAAAAGAAGAAUCGACGCAAGAGUUUAGAGAAGAAGGACGUGGAUAAUCUAAAGGAAGAGCUCAAGAUAAAGGAAGAAGAAGAGAAAGAGAGAGAGAAGAUAAAGGAAGAAGAAAAGGAAAGAAACGAUGCCAUGGAAGAUGUUGUUACUGUAUCUACGGAGACUUCUAUAACGAAGAAGAAUGUAGUGAUAGUAGAAGAUACUCAAGAAAACGUGACUACAAGCGAUGAAUCAAGACCUCUGUCUGUAGAGACGACAUCAUCGCUUGGGACACGCAAACUGUCGGGAUCGUGGGGCUCGCUGCUAUCAAGGUUGAAACCCGGACGUAAGAAGUCGCUAUCAAAUGGGACUGAAUCAGCAACGAAGAUGGGGAUGGUGAAGUCCUCAUUAGUGGAGCCAAACGAUGAUAAACGACUGGAAAUGCCAGAGGAAAAGAUUGUGGAUGAGUUGUUAAUGAACUUGAAGAUAAGUUGUGGGGAUGGAGAGCAGAGUGUUCGUGCUGAGAAGGACAAGUACGACGUCAUGAAAGAGCAGAAGAAGAAGGUAAUGGAUGCGACGCAAUCUCCAUCGCCGAGCCCUACGUCAAGAGAUGGAGUACUGAGUGAAGAAGAAGUGGAAAAGAGCGAAGUGGUUAAUGGUGUGAUGCACCUGUCUUCGACUGAGAGAGUGGAUUCAAAUGGCCAAGAGCUAGAUAGGAACAAAAGUGCUGACUUGACAGCUGACGUGACGUCCGAAGGUUUUAUGGAAAAUACGGGUGAGGAUGACGGAACAGUGGUUCCUGCAGUAAUGGACAAAAACAUACCUUUAGUGAGUGUUGUUGAAGUAGCAAAGCAUGACACAUUAGCUACUUUGGAGGUAAAUGAAUGUAACAACGAACAGGUGGGUACAGCUGAGGUCGAAAGCGAGAAUGUAGCAAUGUCAGCAGAGGUUACUACAGCUGAGUCAAUAGAAAGAAAUCAAUGCAGUGCCGAUGUUGUGACGAUUGAGCCUGUUCCACUGAAGCUUGACUUUAAUUUCGAUCUUAAUACUGAAGAUAUGAUGCAAAGUCAAGCUGAAGUGGUUACAAAAAGUGUUGAUUUGGACGAAGAUGCUGUUGAGAACAUCGUAGUUGAGGCAGAUACGACAGUUACGGCAGUCGCGUCCAGUGACAAUAGCCAAAGCAAGACGGUUGCUGUCGAACCGCUAGUGGCUGUUGGGGUUAAUGGGGCAGUGCCCAGCAACACUGCGCAAAACGAUGCAGUUUUGUCAGUGACUGACGACACUGUUGCCAAGACUUUGAUGGUUGAGCCCGACAAACUUGUUGAAUCGAACGAGAGCUUGCAAAGCAAGGCUAUAUCGACUUACAAAACGGAGUUGCUGCCUGUUAAAGUUGCACAGCCGACAUCUGAGCAGCUUGAUAAAGAUACUGCGCCAUCAAAACCAGAAAAGGUGUCACCUGUGAAGAGCCUUGCUAGCCGCUUUGAAGGCAAGCAGGUGCAAUCAUUGGACAGCUUGAAGUUCCGUACCUUACGGGGAUUUUUUCCCGAGGAGUGCAGUAUCCGUGUAGAAGCGGAGAAGAAAAAAUAUGAAGCACAGGCAGAACAACAGAAGCUAAAGGCAAAAGCAGAAGAAGAAGCCAAGGCGAAGUACAAGGUUGGAACAGGUUUUAAAUCUCCUGAAAAAAAUGCUUUGCGUGAUACAUCUUCAUUAGAAGUCAAGAAAUCCGCUGUGACUGUUCAAGACUCCGAAGUUAUCGGUGGAAUGUGUACUGAUUCGGUUGGCUUUGCCACACCCGACACUGUCGCAAGCAGAAAGAAGUUCAGUCAUGAUGAGGGGUAUGCUGUUACCGAUUCUCCGAGCAAGUUGAGCGAUGAUGCAAAGGAGUCGUUGACGCCUGUGAAAAGCAUUGCUAGUCGUUUUGAAGGCAAGCACGAGCAAUCUCUCGAUGAUUUAAAAUUUCGCACUGUUCGCGGGUUCUUUUCUGAGGAGCGUAGUGUUCACGUUGAAUCGGAGAAACAAAAGUUUGAGGCUCAAGCGCAGCACGAUACGCCACUUGACAAUCUUAAGUUUCGCACCGUUCGCGGUUUUUUUGCCGAUGAAGGGAUGCGCAGUAUUGAUGUUGGUGCUGAAAAGGCAAAAUUUGAGGCUCUCCGAAUGGAACAGGAAGAAGAGACAAAGGUCGGUGAGCACGCUACGUCUAAAAACACCGCGCAUGCGUUUACAACUUUAAAGCGCGAAAGCUCCGUAGACGCGUCUAGUUUUAAUGCGUUAGGCAAGACACCUUUGUCAACUCUUGACGAAGAUUGCAACGAAAUGACAAGAGGUGCUAUGCUGAGUUUCAUUGAAACAGAAAGCGCUGCAGUAAUUGAGUCAGCAGUCGAUAGCGCUGUCUGUGUCGCACUCGGAGGUUUGAGUCUGGAUGGCGAAAUAGGGGUUACUGUGGACAAAUUUCCUAAGGCGAGUGAUAUCUUGCCUUUUACCGGUAGUGACGCGGCGAGCACCGCGGCCAUCAUAGAGGACAAGUUUGCUGUCGCUGGUGACCAGGGUCAAGCUUCAGAAAUUGUGGAUGCUGCGAAGGCCGAAUCGGUUUUUGUAGGCAAUGAUACCGACGAGGCGAGUUUGGAGUCGAACGAAGGCACAAAGUUUAGCCAAGAAGCUGGUAAGGUGGUAUCCCCCGCUAAUACCCAAGUUGUUAGGCUUGAUCUCGGGGACGGUGGUCGGAACAGAGAAGUUGAUAUUACCGAGGGUUCACACGCAUACAAAAAUUCUAGUCUUGACUUCGAACAGAAUGUGAAGCGUGGAGAAUACAUUGAGUCCAAGAUUGAAGUGGGGCUAGACAAGCCUAGUUAUGGUGAGGAUGUUGUAAAGAGGCCGGUCGAUUCCAUUGGCGGUGCCAUUGAAAAAGAUGAUGCCGGCGACCAGCUGAAUAUGUUGAGCCAACGCCAAAACAGCCAAGUAGCUGAAAAUGAAGCUGCAAAUAGCGAGUUGGUAGAGUUGGAUCUUGGAAGUAAAGCCGUUGAGAGUGUUGAGGUUGUCUCCACUGUUUCUGCUACUGGAGAAGUUACUGAAAGAGACGCGGUGAGUGAAAACGAGAGCAUGCAACAACUUGCAAGCACUAACGAAGCAAGUAUUGGAUCUCAAAACCAAGUAUUUGAAAGCGCUUUUAGCGUUGAGAACCGACUUGAAAAGUUAUACCUUGGAGAGUCUACUGGUGAUGCAUUGAAAGAGCAGCUGAACCAUGUGACGAGCAUGAAUUGUCGACCAAUGCUUACUACGGAACGAUCAUUUGUAAUGGAAGACGACCACACUGUUGAGACAGUAGAGACGGUUGUCGUAGGCGAACGAUCAAUGACCAACGGUGAGGAAGACCUCGAAUUACUGUCACCGACGAAGGUCCGCCCAGCACACAAGUUAUUUUCUGGUAUUACGUCGUCGAAGUCAACUAAAGCUUUGUCAAAAAAGAUCUUAGCGAAGGCAUCCGCUGCUAAGGCAGCUCCUGCGGAACGUGCACCUGUCACUUCCUUAGCUGCGUCUUACGCGACCAAAAGGGCGGCAAAAACUAAUGGAUUGCACAAGCCCUUACCGCAAGAGAAAAAAGCGGUGUAUACACGCAAGGGCAAUGUCAGCGAACUGGGAUGCAUUAAGUUUUCACCGGCAGCUCCAACCAUUCCGGCCCCGACAGAGCAAGCGUCCAUCAUAGCGCAUAACACUUCGUCACAGUUGAGGAAUGUUUCGGACGAUGCUGGUGACAUAAGCCACUCGCGUCCAGCUUUGACGGCUGACGUGUCAAAGUCUAAGGGUGCAAUGGGUUCAACUUGUUGUAAAAAGUCUUCUCCACCUUUACCGACAGGACCUGUGACGCCGAAACGCGCAUCGAUCGUGGCACCAACUGCUCUUGUUAAGGCGAAGAAGGCUGCUGAGCCUCUAGAAGAUACCGGCGUUACAGUACCUUCGGUUCCGGCCCGUAGCAAAAAGUAUUUGAACGUCAAGAGCAAGGUGCUGACUCAAAUUCAGUCUGGUUCAAUGCAACCAGUUACUCACAAAACCAUUACAAAGGAGGAUUUUAUUGCAGCUGAGCGCCGAAAGAGCCUAGGAUCAGGAGGGGUACGAAGCUUACUGCGUGCAUCUGAUCGGCGGGCAUCAUUGGCUGCUCGAGCAACUAUUGUCGGACCACCUGAACCGUUUGUGCGUUCAGCAUUUUCACGCCAGAAACUACGCUCGACACUCCCUCGUUAUUUGGACUACGAGAAUACACCAGGUUAUGUGGAACGGGCACGGCAGCAGUACGAGCGACGCAAGCGACUAGAGAAGGAGAACGCUGCAAAGUCUGAGAAACGUCAACGUGAGCUGCGUACGUUUUUUGCCGACAAACAGCAUAAAUCGCUGGUGUCAAGCGCUGAAGAAGUACGGGGAGCUUACGAAUUUGAAAAAGUCGCGAGAGAGAGUAAAUUUGCUGGAAAAAGAACGUUGAGGACAGAAAGGCAACGAAGUCGGCCUACGCGUAGAUUCCGUCAGUCUCUUUCAGCGACCUCGAGUGCAGGCACUUCGUCGUCAAAUGGUGUUCCGUCCCUUACAUCAAAGAAGUCGUCCGUGUCUUCUAUAGCUGAAAAAGCCGUUACAGCUUUUGCACCGGGAGCAGCUGUAACGGAUAGUGAAAAGAUGACCGAAUGUGCGUUGUUGCCAGAUGAGACUGUUGAGUUGACGCAGGAAGAGAUUCGAACUUAG